GGGGCGGGGGGGAAGAGAGCCUUCAGAAACACGAGAAGAGUCGCUUUCGGAGGAGCAUGUACCAACAUGCCCAGACUACAGGACUUCCAGGCAGAUCGUAACAAUAUAUAAAAGUCGGAAAUUGAUCUUUCGCCACUGAGCAGCCUGGCGGCAAUGCAGCGGAACGGGCUCUUUAGAGGAACCGCGAGCGGCCGAGACCUUUAAAGUUGAGCGAAUCGAAAUAAAUGAAGGCGUUUUAUUCUGCGUGCAGUGGGCGCACAGCGGUUACGCGCGCUCGCGUGCAGCGCUCGCUCGUCGACGCCGCGCGAAAGCAGCGACUCUAAUUGUCGACCGCUUCUGGUUUCGCGCCGACCCCUCGUUCAGGAUGAACCAGUGCAAAGCCGCGAAGGACGGCUAUCUGGAGAAGAGGAGCAACGGGCUCCUGCAGCUGUGGAAGAAGAAGCGCUGCGUCCUGACGGAGGACGGGCUCCGGCUGUACGGCUGUAAGGGCGAGGGCGGCAAAGAGAUGCGCUUCGAGCAGAUGAGCACGCUGGACUGCGUGGAGCACAAGCGGGGUCUGGUCUACUUCACCAUCGUGAUGAACGGCGGGAAGGAGGUCGACUUCAGGUGCCAGCAGGAGGGGACGGCGUGGAACGCGGAGAUCGCGCUCGCGCUGGUGCGCUUCAAGAACCGCGUCGCCGUUCAGACCGGCAGGAACAGACAUCUGUCACAUCUGGGCAGCUGCGGCGAGGGAGACGUCGAGCUUUGAGGGUCUCUCCACCUAGACACGGGCCCGGAUCAGGAGGAGAGGGAAGUGAAGGAGGCAGCCCAACGUUAAGAAAACACCUAAUGACUAAAAAAACUAAAAAAACUCGCAUAUUUCUUUUCUUUAGUGCUUCCGCCGUUUUCCAGAGCGACACCUUUCGGCGUGUUUACAGACGCGGCGGAUGGAUUUGUGAGUUUUUCCAUGCACUUUAACUUCAGGUUGUCCCGAAGGAUUGUCGCCCUCCGCGGUGAUUCAGCGCUAACUUCACUCCGCGGCCGAUUCCGGCUUGGACUUCACACUUUUAAAGAGACGCUAAACGUGCUACACGGAGGACUCUCUCUCUCUCUCUCAGUAUUAUAAGUGAAAGCACGAUGCUGCUUUAGGAGACAUUAACCAUAGAUGAAGUAUGACUCACAGCUGCACUGUUUAACAUUUCAGAAGUAUUUGAGCGGCGAAUCUGGACGCAUUCACUGCUGUUCCCUGGAAUGUAUCCCGACUGGAUGGAAAACUUGAUGGAUGUGUUUUUAUUUUCUUUUCCGCUGCUGCAAUUUCCUCCACGCUGUUGCCAAAGUUAGAAAACAACCCCCUAAAAAAAGGAAACGCGUUCUGCACGAAGCUCUUUGUACCAUUAGGCACACGUCGUCCAAAUAAAAAAAGAACGAUUUUGUGGCUUUGUAAAGACA